AUGCACUGGGCAGACCUGCUUCUCCUUCCUGCAGCCCCAUACCGACUGGUGGCUUUCCCCUUCGCUGCUCUCUUCCACCAUCUCUGUGCUUCGGGGCACCUCUCUCUGACUGCCCGGUACAUAUUCCUCCUCGCCGGAGGAUGUCUUCUUGCUACCAUAGCCAUGGGCAGCUACGCCGUGUUGCUCAUCGUGCCUGCUGUUGGCUCCGUGCUCGUCCUCCUCUCCGUCAGCCCAGCUCAUGUCCACACCUGGGUCUUCGCCCUCCAGAUGUCCUGGCAGACGCUCUGCCACCUGGGUCUGAGCAGCCAGCAGCUGGACCCUCAGGAUGCCAGGCCAGCCAUCGCCCUCUCUGCCAUCAUGCUGCUCACUCAGAAAGCUACAUCUCUGGCCCUGGACAUCCACGAAGGCGUCGUGCGGCUCCAGCCGGGCCAGGGGCUUUUGCAGGGCACCUUGCCCCUCUGCAGCUACCUGCUCUUUUUCCCAGCCCUCCUCGGAGGACCCCUGUGCUCCUUCAGCCAGUUUCAAGCCCAGGCCGAGUCCUCGGGGGCUCUCCCCCGCCAGCUGAGGGCUGCCGGGCAGCGGUGCCUCUGUGCCCUGGCCCUGCAGGGGCUGCGUGCUGGGCUGGUGGCCGGAGGGCUGGCCAGCAGUCAGGGCUGUGCUGGCCUGGGCUGCCUGCCCUGCCUCUGGGCACAGGCCCUGCUCCUCCGGCUGGCCUACUACACGCACUGGGUGCUGGAUGAGGCCCUGCUGGAGGCGGCGGGCUUCGGGCCAGAGGAGGGCCAGGGAGACCUUUCCCUCCAUGACCUGUGGACGCUGGAGACCACCCACCGCCUGGCCGUCUUCACCCGAACCUGGAACAAGAGCACGUCCCGUUGGUUGAGGAGACUGGUCUUCCAGCGCUGCCCAGCCCAGCCGCUCCUAGCCACCUUUGCCUUCUCUGCCUGGUGGCACGGCCUCCGGCCCGGGCAGGUCUUUGGUUUCCUCUGCUGGGCUGUCAUGGUGGAGGCCGACUACCGCAUCCAUCCCUUCCUCAGCAUCCGGGCCACCUCCCAGGGUGUGAAGCUCCUCUACCAUGGCACAACCUGGGUCUUCACGCAGCUUAUUGUCGCCUACAUCGUGGUGGCUGUGGAGACCGAGAGCUUCUCCAUGCUCUGCCUGGUCUGGACUUCCUGCAACAGCAUCCUUCCCCUCUCCUAUGGCCUUGCUCUGCUGCUGCUGCUUGCCAAGAAGCCAAAGCAGAACUGA